AUGUUGUCCAGCCCUUUUAAAGUGAUUGUCGUUGGCGGCGGACCUGUCGGUAUACUCGCGGCGCACGCCCUUCACCAAGCAGGCAUAGACUUUAUCGUUCUAGAGCAGCGGAGCGAAAUCUUUGAGGAUGUUGGUGCUAGUCUUAUUGUCAGCCCGCACAACUUGAGGGUUUUUCACCAGCUCGGUCUAUGGAAACAUCUUGAGGAAAUCGGGUAUCCACUUUUGCACCACUCACAGGGGUUUGAUGCACAGAAGCACAGAUUCAGGCGUUCCUAUGCUCUAAGCAUCUUGCGAGAAAAUCACGGCAGUUCUCUCGUAGCAUUUCAUCGAGCCCACCUGGUCAAAAUACUUUAUGAUAAUUUGCCUGAAGAUGUAAAAACUCGUUAUCUUUUGGGCAAGAAGGUUGUCGAUGCUGUCGCAACAUCAACGGGAAUUGACGUUAUUUGCGCUGAUGGAAAUUCCUACUCGGGGUCUAUGAUCAUCGGCGCUGAUGGUGCCCAUUCCAAGGCGCGUUCGAUUAUGCGCCGCUGCGCGCUCCAGAGUGACCCGUCACUUGCUUCCAUCUGGGACUCUGAAACCCCUUUCACAUCUGCCUACAAGUGCCUUUGGGCCUCCUUCCGUCGGCCUUCGGAACCUGGGGACAGUUACGAAACUCAGGGUCAUGACCGCAGUUUGAUGUAUCUGACAGGCCAUGACAAAGGCUGGCUAUUCUUAUACGAGAAGCUCGAUCAGCCGUCAAACAAACGGUGCCAUUAUGACGAAAAGGCUCUUCGAUCCUUUAGGGACACAUUCGCAGACUGGCCAAUCAAUGAAAAGCUGACUGUCAAAAAUGUACUCGAAGACCCUGAUGUCAUUGCUGGUAUGACUAAUCUGGAAGAGGGGAUUGUCAAGAAAGUCAGUUGGAACGGUCGCAUUGUGCUUGUUGGGGAUGCAUGGCACAAGUUCACCCCCAAUUCAGGCCUAGGAUUUAACAAUGGCGUCCAGGACGUGGUAUCACUGUGCAACAAGCUACAGGCAUUGAUAUGUGCCAAGGGUUGA